CACCAGGCUGCUCGGAGCGGUGAUCGGGUCUCGCUACAGGUUGAGCUGCAGAUGCAGGUGGUUUAAUCAAAGUGCUAUUAAACUUUUCCAGGAGAUAUUCUCAACAUAACGGACCGCGGAUGCAAAAAAUAUAUAUUUUAUUUCUUUUUAUUUUUUGCAUCGAGACUCCGCGCACGCGUUUCAGCACGCUGGACAGCGCGUGAGCGCCGCAGAGGCGGUGAGUGGAUUCAACCGGUGGCUUUCAGCAGGAAGAGCCGAGUGAGAGGAGUGUUUCAGUCAGCGUUACAUAAAAUAAAACCUCCGCUUUACUCCACGUGUGGGAUCGCUCGUCCGCUUUCUGUGUCACUCGGACUAGAAUUGCUUCCCUUGUUUCCUGUAAAGUGCGGAGCGGAUCGUGUGUGAAGGCGUGCCGCGGUGGCUGACUCCAGAAGCCGGGGUUGACCAGCGUGGAGUGGGUGCCGACGAGAGACCCUCCAUUUCUAAGGAUGCUGAUGGGAAAUGCCUGGAGACAGAGAUGACGAGAUUUGUCAAAAAGCACUUGAACUCCUGUCGGAUCUUUGCUCCAAGGGGGAAGUGCAGAACGAGAACUGUCUGGAUUUUAUCUACUACUUCCGAGACCUGGCGAGGCCACGCUAUUCGGAUUCAGAUAUAUCAGUCAGCUUGCUGUCACUAGUGGUAACAGCCUGUGGCUUGGCUCUUUUUGGGGUUUCCCUCUUUGUGUCCUGGAAACUGUGCUGGAUACCAUGGAGGGAGCGAGGUCUGUCCCCCACCACCAAGGAGCCUCAUGGGCACAUCAACCCUACCAUGAGCCCUCUGCCCUCACAGCCUGUCCCCAGACAGCCAGUUUACACUGCUGUGGAUCCUCCAGCUCACAACAGACGUAAGUCGUCACAUUGUUCCAUCGCCAAAGAGCCCACCCCUGUGGCGUCUGUGGUGUCGGUGGAGGCUCCCAUGACUCCUGUAUCACCCCCUCCUGUCAUCUUGGCCACACCAGAGGCAGCUAUGAAGAUUAGCCACACGUCCCCUGACAUACCACUGGAUGCUCAGAGUAAAAGUCGGGAAAAUGGGGUUCACACUAACCCUCGUAUGCAGAGGCAGACCACAGAACCUGCACCAGGUGGUUGCCCGAUGUCUGAAAUUGGUCAAGGUACCAUUCGAAGACACAUGAACCUCUCUAACCCAGACUUCAAUGUGGCACAGUUUCAAAGGCAGGACUCCCUGACUGGAAUGGGCCUGGGCCUGGGCCGCCUUAAACCAGAGCUCUAUAAGCAACGCUCACUCGAAGGGGAUGAAGGCAAUCGUAGAGGAGGGGACUGUGGAUGCCUUCAUUUUAUUCUCAAAUUUGACUGCGACUUGGAACAAUUAAUAGUUAAAAUCCACAAAGCUGAGGACCUCCCAGCCAAGGACUUCUCUGGUACCUCUGAUCCUUAUGUUAAGAUCUACCUGCUGCCCGAUCGUAAGACUAAGCACCAGACCAAGGUGCAUCGCAAGACUCUCAACCCUGUAUUUGAUGAGGUCUUCCUGUUUCCUGUGGCGUACUCUGAGCUUCCCACAAGAAAGCUUCACUUCAGUGUCUAUGACUUUGAUCGCUUUUCACGUCACGACAUAAUCGGUCAAGUAGUAGUGGACAACUUUCUGGAUCUGGUAGAUUUUCCCCGGGAGACAAAACUCUGUCGGGAAAUCCAAUACGUCUCCUCGGAUAACGUGGAUCUUGGGGAUCUGAUGUUUUCGCUCUGUUACUUGCCGACUGCCGGCAGAUUGACCAUUACCAUGAUUCAGGCUCGCAAUCUCAAGGCCAUGGAUAUCACUGGAGCAUCUGAUCCAUAUGUGAAGGUUUCACUGAUGUGUGAGGGUCGCAGGCUGAAGAAGAGGAAGACGUCAACAAAGAGGAACACUCUGAAUCCCGUCUAUAAUGAGGCCAUUGUCUUUGAUGUCCUUCCAGAAAACAUAGAGCAAAUCAGCCUCUUGAUAGCCGUGAUGGACUAUGAUCGGGUCGGCCAUAAUGAAGUCAUUGGUGUGUGUCGAAUAGGCAACGAUGCAGACAGCCUCGGUCGAGAACACUGGAGCGAAAUGCUCACAUAUCCCCGAAAACCUGUUGCCCACUGGCAUCCUCUUGUAGAGUACCUUGGGACCUCAGGUAGUAGCCAGGGAGGAUCCUGCAAUUCUCUAAAAGCACCUCCUUCUCCGUAGCCUUCAAAAACAGUUACUUACCAGAAGAGUACCGAUCAACACAAAGCUGCUGAGUGCUGCUGAGAAUUGUUCACACAUAAUUUUAACAAAAUUGCAAACGUUCACUUAAAAGCUAUGUGAAGGACGGACAUUAAUUGUCUUGUGUUGCAUGUCAAAUGACCGCAAGGAUGGAUGUUUUAUUUUUUUUUUUAUGAUGUUCUUUUAGAGAAAUGGGUGUAGGCAGACAUUUUAGGUCUGUGCUAUUUCUGGAUUUCUUGCAUUCAUGAUUUUUUGAUUUAGUCAUUAAGUUUUUGUUAUUUUUGCAUUGUCUUGGUACUUGUUUCAAUAAAGUGAGUCUGUGUUUGCAAACUACUAAAAACCAGUUGAACUGCCAUAUUGUAUUUUAUGUUUAUGAAUUAUAUAUUUUUUAUUUUGGUGUUGAAAUGGUGCAUGAGAUCAUGGUUUGGUAGGAUAUCUUCUCCUAGUUUGAUUGUUUCUGUUUUUGCAAUACAAUGUGUUGUUCUGUCAGUUGAUGUGCAGUGAGAUUGAGUUUCUCGAGGAAAUAUCUGUAAGUAAAAUAUGUUCAGUGUAAGAAAUAAAUAGUGUCUUAUGAUAAAC